AUGUCUAAUCCACCAAGGUCAAGCAUGUUGUCUCAAUCUCCAGAUACAGCGACACAUGUUCAAUAUAUUACACCGCAAUUUGAUCCUCGUGCAUCAUACGCACAAUCAAUUAAAAAUAAUACAUGGGACAAUUCAAUAAAUCAAGGAAAACCUCAACGCAUACAAAAGAAAAUUAUUGUUUGGUUAAUACAACUGACAACAACAAACAAAGAAGAAGAAAUAACAGAAAAAUGUAUUAAUUAUAGAAUAAAACAACUUGAAGGCAUACCAUUAAAUAUUCAGUUUGGCAUUAUGUUAAUGGAAACAGAUGAAUUUGCAAAAGCCCAAAAAACAUUUUAA